AACUGGGGUGGGUUUUGUGACUGGUAUGUAAUGAAGGUACCAAAAAUAACGAGGAGGGUUACAACUGAAACUUUAUCACAAGCUGUCAUUGCACUCCUCAGACUUGAGAGAUGGACAGAAAAACAGAUGUUGGAAGGCAGACAGAAAUUUAGCUAUAGUAGGUGACUGUGUCUGAGUUCUUUCGUUAUGAGGUUAGCAGUGCUGCAGUUUAUGGCUGGCUUCUGUGGAGCUGUGGGCUCCUUGUUUUUUCUGCUUUCUCUCAGUACAGACUACUGGCUCUUAUCCUUGGAGUCUUGUGAUCCACAGGACAAAAACACAGAGAAACUAAGGAGAGUCAUUAGAAAGAUUGCUGUUUUCUGUUUAAAAUUGAAGGAUGGCCUAAAAGAAGACCCAAACGGUGCUAAAAGCACAGUCUUGUCCUACCAUGAAGGCAUUUUUUGGAGAUGCUCCUAUAGAAAAGACAGAGAAGAGGAGAGCAUACUGGAUUUUUGGAUCACCAACCAACCAACAGAGAAGAUUUGCAUGCCUGUCUACCUUUCCCAUGAUCCUCUACCUGAGAAAAGAAGAAGCACUUUAAACACAGAUACAACUACAUUGCAUAGGACUUUUUGGUGCAUUAUGUCUAUCCUGGGAUUCACCAUGGUUAUGAUCGGUGUGUUUGUCACUAUCUGUGGCGUCCCAAGAGCCAGCCGCCGCCUUUAUGAAGCUGGAGGUGCUCUUUUCAUAACUGGUGGAUUCUUGCUUUUGGUCGUGGUGGUGACAUUUGCAGUAUGGGUGCAGGUCUCAGGCUCUCUGGAGCGUUACAUCCUCCUGCGCAGGUCCUCCAUGUGCCCGGACCUGCACCUCAAUCUGUACUAUGGGCCAUCCUUCAUGUUGGCGCCCCCUGCCUCCUUCUUCAGCAUUCUCUGUGGCAUCUUCCUUCUGCUCACACAGACUGCCUCAGGAACAGUGUCAGCAAAUGCAGCAAACAAACCUCCAUCUGUACAGAAGGAAUGGGAAGCGAGCAUGCUGGAGUAGCAAAAUCGGCCAUUCGUUGAACAGCAAGGACAAUUAUACGUUUCUACUGGUUUUCACUUACUGAUAUUCACACCAAAGAGAACUUUCAUUGAAAAUGACUUGUAGUGAGAUGCCAUCAUUUUUAGUAAUUCUCUGUAUGAGGACAUCUAGACAGUAGUGUUGUUGUGGUUCAGUUUAAGUGAGAAGCCAGUCAAAAAUAUGGAGGAGACUGGACAAAUGUGUAGAACAACCACAAGCAUAGGGUAAACAAAAGCUGAGCACAAUGUUAUGUCUUAUUUAAUGUGUGGACAAGACCUACAGAGCCUAGAAUGGUUACAACAACAUACCACCAGGGUGCAGUCUUGCUUUAGUAUUGCAACAUGAGGAAAAAUCGCAGACUGUAAUAUCUAUUACACUGUAUUCCAAAAAAGAAGCAAAUGUGCUUAGUUUAUGUAUCCAGUAAGAAUCUGAUUAAGUCAGUAACAGUUGUAUGCAGUAGGAUUUAGAGAUAAACCAAAUUGCCACAUAUAUACAUAAAAUCAGUUCAUGUGAUCUUACAAAUACCAGAUAUCAUUUUUUUUUAUUCAUGUUGAGUGAGCACCAUGAGUACUGUCUUAGUGAUAUGAAUUACAACUCAAUUUUAUGUUUUUUUUUCUUUUAAACUACAAACUCAUUUACAGGAAUUGAACUUGAGGUUCAUUCACCAUUGAAUGUGUGGCAUGCAGAAACAUUUAGCUGGCCUCACUGUCAAUCAGUCUCUCCUCCUAUACUAAUGCUCACAGCAGUCACAUAUUACUGACUAUAUAAUCAAAAUUUAAAAAUUUAGAAACUAAGUAAAACGUGUUAAUAUUAAAAACAUUGCAACAUUGCAAUUUAUUUACUUUCAUGUAGGCUUGAUGAAUGAAGAAAAAUAUGCUUUUGAAAAAAACAUUAACAAAAUGUCAUGCUUUGUGGUAGUAAUGGGGGUAGUAAUGGUGCAGUGGUAGUAAUGGUGCAGUGAGAAUCAUCUAGAUGUCUUCCUAGAACUGAGACCACUCAGCAAAGCCACAACUUAUGACACAGAAUUUGUAAUAAAUACCACUUUCGUACAGCCAUCUUUCCCUGGAAACUUCUGUGGGUGGUGCUAACUCUCGAAUGACAAUGAACUCUGGCAGAUUUUAUACACAACUAAUUUUCUAUUUCAGCUGUU